AUGACGCCAAGGAAAUGUUCCAGUUGGUGUCCUCCGCAAAAAGCCAUAUUAUCACAAGAAGCUUACGGUAAAUUUCUUAAUUCGUUAUCCGUCAUUGUAGACAAGGGCGUCAAAGAAAUAAACCUUUUGGAAUCAGUAGAACUAAAAGAUAGAAUGAAAAGAGUCGCAGAAUAUUACAUGCGUGGACGCAACACUGUACAAGGAGAAAUGACAAUUUUAAGUCAUGAAUUACUUAGAAAACCAGAAGAGGUAAAUGGAAAAUUACAAAUCCAAGAAUACGCGCUAGCCUGGUGUGUUGAAUUGUUAAUGUCUUAUAUUAUCAUCAUCGACGAUAUUGAAGACGGUGCGAAAACCCGGUGUGGUAAGCCGUGCUGGCAUUUGUUACCAGAAGUUGGCAACCUAGCCAUGAACGAUGCCAGCAUGUUGCGGAGCUUCAUAAUGGAACUCUUGAAACAAAACUUUGAAGAUUCUACUUAUGUGCAAUUUUCAAAAUUAUUCAACCAGGCAUUUUUUACAUGCAACGUUGGACAAUAUAUGGACGCGGUCGCAUCAAGAAACCGAGAUUAUGACACAUUUACGAUGGAACAUUACAAAAAAAUUGCUUCAUACAAAUAUGCAUAUUACUCGUCAAAAUUCCCAAUACUAGCGGCACUUAUUUUAUCGAAAAAAAUUAAUAAAGACUCCUGUCAAAAUGUCGAUAGAAUAUUUGGGGACAUUGGAAUUUGGAGCCAGAUAAACAAUGACUUCACGGAUUUUUUCGAUGACGACACGAGAACAGGUAAAACAGGCUCGGACAUUCAAGCCGGCAAAUGCACAUGGCUAGCGGUGAUGGCGUUGCAGCUCAGCAACGAAACUCAGAGGAGAGAAUUCCACGCGUGCUACGGCAGCUGGGAGCCAGCGAAAGUUGAGCGAAUACGGACACUUUACGAGGACUUGAAAUUAACGGACCUGUAUUUCAGAGAAGAACGGUCCACCUACAGGAGGGUCGUGGAGAAAAUUCGAAAGCUGCCGGCCGAUGCCACGCCGUGUCCUGAUUUCUUUCAAAUUGUGCUUGAUAAAUAUUACCCUAAUGUCAGUUGUGAGUGCAUUCGCCCGCGCCUCGUCGGCGACGCGCCUCCAUUCGACGCGAUGGCGGCACGGUCGCAGCUCCUGCGCGCAGUAUAUAACAACCAGCAAGUAAGAAAGUUGCAUGAACUAAAGAAGAAGGAAAGACCUGGGGUUGCCAGAUUGCGUGAAGUGUUAGAUGAUAGAUUGCAAGAGAUAAAAAAAGCGAAGACCUGGAAACAUGAAAGGGUUCUAACCUCACCUCAGGACACUAAGGUGAAAGUCAAAGGAGCGGAGGGGGAUUUCUUAAACUUUUGCGCGAACAACUACCUGGGUUUAUCUAAUCAUCCAGAAGUGGUUGAAGCAGCGCGCGAAGGUCUAAAGAAAUAUGGCGCGGGGCUAAGUUCUGUUCGGUUUAUUUGCGGGACCCAAGUCAUACAUAAGGAACUGGAGCAACGUCUCUCCGAAUUCCACGGGCGUGAAGACACGAUCCUCUACGGGUCGUGUUUCGACGCCAACGCAGGCUUAUUCGAGUCCAUGCUGACGCCAGAAGACGCCGUCUUCUCAGACGCUCUGAACCAUGCCUCCAUCAUAGAUGGUAUCCGCCUCUGCAAAGCGCAGAAGUUCCGGUAUCCCCACCGGGAUCUGAAUGAGUUGGAGCAUCUAUUAGCGCACAGCGAAGCCAGACAGAAGCUCAUCGUAACUGACGGCGUGUUUUCCAUGGAUGGCACCGUCGCACCCAUUAAGGGGCUGCGAGAUCUGGCAGACAAGUACAGGGCGCUAUUGGCGGUCGAUGACAGCCACGCUACCGGCUUCUUUGGCGACACCGGACGGGGCACAGAAGAGUACUGCGGUGUUAUGGGCGCGGCGGACAUAAUCUGCUCGACGUUGGGCAAAGCGGUGAGCGGCGCGGCGGGCGGCUACACCACCGGCCCGAAAGAGCUGAUUACAUUACUCAGAAACGUGUCCAGGCCCUACCUCUUCUCUAAUGCCCCGCCGCCACCUGUAGUCGCCGCUUCUAUAAAAUCGCUAGAUCUGGUGGAGAACAGCAGCGAGCUACGUCGGCGACUCCGCGAGAACACCAGCGCGUUCCGCACCGGCCUGCAGACUGCCGGGCUGACGGUGGCCGGGGACGAGCAUCCCAUAUGCCCCGUGAUGGUGGGCGAGGCGCCGCUAGCCGUGGACUUAGCGGCCGGGAUGCUCGAGCGCGGCAUAUACGUGGUGGCGUUCAGUUACCCAGUGGUACCAAAAGGCGGCGCUAGGGUUCGUGUGCAAUUGAGUGCAGCCCACACCCCAGAAGAUGUGAAACGCGCUGUGAACGCGUUUGCAGAGGUCGCUAGGAGUGUUGGCGUCGUAAAAUCA